CAAAGCGGGCUGCCGGCGGCGGCGGMGCUUGCGGGAGCCGCGCCUGGAGCCGGCAUGAAUGAAGAGAACAAUUUCUAUGAAGAAUAAAACUGCUUAAUUCUGGAAAACCUCUCAAAGCACCUUUAGCAUCGAAGCAGAAGAAAAAUAUGAAGGAACAGUCCAUCUGACUCUCUCAGCCUCUCACACAGAAUAAAAAAUGGCUCUUUAUAGAAAGACUGUUGCGAGUGUCUUAGAGGAACCCCUUUUUGCUUGCAGAMGGAACCAGAAUGUUAGGAAAAAACUGAGACUGAUACGAAUAAUAGGGCUUCUUGUGAGUAUAAUGGCCAUUAGUACUUUCUCUCUUUCAAUUAGUGCCUUUUUCAAGACCGAGCCACGUAGCGCAGAGCUGGCCAGCAGCCUCGAUAGCCCACGGCUAAUGCACGGGCACCAAAGAACUCUCCUGGAUUUCACAGAAUUGAGCGGAGGCAGCACCCCAGACCCACUUGUCCCUACGAGUCCCAAAGGUGAGGACAGCAACGCAACAGAAGAYCAUGCCAAGGGAGAGUACCCAGAGGACCUUUUCUCCCUGGAGGAAAGAAGAAGAGGAGCAGUCAUCCUCCAUGUCAUUGGGAUGAUCUACAUGUUCAUAGCCUUAGCCAUAGUCUGCGAUGAGUUCUUCGUUCCUUCCUUGACUGUCAUCACUGAAAAACUGGCCAUAUCUGAUGAUGUGGCUGGGGCAACCUUCAUGGCUGCUGGUGGCUCGGCCCCUGAGCUCUUCACUUCUUUGAUAGGAGUCUUUAUUUCCCACAGUAAUGUCGGCAUUGGGACCAUAGUGGGGUCUGCCGUAUUCAAUAUCCUGUUUGUUAUUGGAAUGUGUGCUUUAUUUUCUAGAGAGAUCCUGAACCUCACCUGGUGGCCACUCUUUCGAGAUGUGUCCUUUUACAUCAUUGACUUGAUCUUGCUAAUCAUCUUCUUUCUGGAUAACUUAAUCAUGUGGUGGGAAAGCUUAGCGCUUCUGACAGCGUAUUUUUGCUAUGUGACUUUCAUGAAGUUCAAUGUGCAAGUAGAAGAAUGGGUGAAAAGAUUUUUGAACAGGAACAAGGUUGAGAAGGUAACAGCAGCAGACUCUGAAGGAAAGUCACCUAAUGCUGGAGACAAGGAUGACCAAACCCUGACGACAAAGCCACGGCUCCAGCGGGGAGGAAGCUCUGCAUCUCUCCACAACAGCCUAAUGAGGAACAGCAUCUUUCAGCUCAUGAUUCACACACUUGACCCACUUGCUGAAGAGCUUGGAUCAUAUGGAAACCUAAAAUAUUAUGACACAAUGACUGAAGAAGGAAAGUUCAAAGAGAGGGCCUCAAUUCUUCAUAAGAUUGCCAAAAAGAAGUGCCAGGUGGAAGACGGCGAGAGGCGGAAUGGACCUGCUAAUCACGAAAAAAGUGCAAAAGUGGAAGUUGCAGUAACACCACCAAGUGAUUCAGGACCAGUGCAGAAUGGGAUCGCCCAUAACGUCGAAGAAGAGAAUGAAGAAGAGGAUGAGGACCAGCCUCUCAGCCUGGCCUGGCCUGACACCCUGCGCAAACARAUCACCUACCUGAUUGUUUUACCCAUUGUUUUCCCACUGUGGGUUUCCCUGCCAGAUGUCAGGAAUCCUAAGUCAAGAAAAUUUUUUCCAAUCACAUUUUUUGGCUCAAUCAGUUGGAUUGGAUUUUUUUCUUACUUAAUGGUCUGGUGGGCACAUCAGGUUGGAGAAACCAUUGGUAUUAGUGAGGAGAUCAUGGGACUGACUAUUUUAGCUGCUGGAACGUCUAUUCCUGAUCUAAUUACCAGUGUUAUCGUAGCACGUAAAGGUCUAGGGGACAUGGCUGUGUCCAGCUCUGUUGGAAGUAACAUCUUUGACAUCACAGUGGGCCUUCCUCUUCCAUGGCUCCUGUAUGCUGUGAUCAACAGCUUUGCCCCAGUGACAGUCAGCAGCAAUGGUUUGUUCUGUGCAAUCGUCCUGCUCUUCAUUAUGCUGCUCUUCGUCAUCCUCUCCAUUGCAUUCUGCAAGUGGAGGAUGAAUAAAAUAUUGGGCUUUCUUAUGUUCGGGCUUUAUUUUGUGUUCCUGGUUGUCAGCGUCCUCUUGGAGGACAAAGUGAUACAGUGUCCUGUCUCCAUUUAGUGGAAAGUGCUGUUUCUUGAAGAAAAAAGCAUAUAUAUAUACUCGAAUACAUAUAUAUAACAUACAUAAAUGAAGCAGCAAAAACCCACAAUGGAAAGCUUCUAUGGGAAUAACCAGUGGAUUUGUAAAUCUCCUAUCCCUCAAUUUCAAAAAGAAGAAUGGAUGAAAUCCAAAGCAGAAGAAUGAUUGCUGCUGGACAGUGCAGUUACCUAUGAAGGACUGAGGUUUCCKCUGUUUGCUGCAAGACAUCCUCAGUGCUCCCUAAUGGAGAUGCUGUGYAUGCUUGGUAACAGUGAAAAAGCUACAGCAUCUUCAUUGCCUGUGGUCCCAUCCAUGAACUUCUCUCCCUCUAUAGUAAUAUAUACAGACACACAGCGUAAUCAGUAUUUAAGACUAUAAUCUUCUAAAGAGAAUGCUAGCAUCAGCUUUGGGGAUGCAAUCCCUGCCUCCACCCAUUGCGGGCAGGGAUAAUCUGAUAAUAUGCUGGCACUCUGAGUGGAAAGCAGAGACCAAGAGCAAGAGUCAAAGAGAGGAAGAUCUUGCACAUCUCUUCAUUUAAGUGGAUUUAUAUGAUGUGACUUCAGGAAAGCCAAGAAGUUCUUCAAUAUUUUGCUCUUUUGCGUCACAGGUCUCUAAUGGCAAUUGGCAAGAUGUAAAAUGAUGGUUUAUUACGUCUUGCAAAACUCUUCAGGUUCUAGAAGCUCCAGCUUUACUAUUAAUGGGGAUAUGAAGUCUGGCCAUUUUGCAACUGGUGCAUAUUUUCUUAUGUAUUCACACGUGAAGCCCAGACUGGGGAUUUGCUGUCUUCUCUAGUAUCAACCCAGCAUGCAAAGAGAUCAUACAACUACUGCGUGGACUCACUGUUUUUUUUCUAAUGCAGCAAUACUACCAACAGUACCAAUAUCUCUCUGAUGCUGUUACCGUUAAGAAUUUGCCUUUUCAUGCCAGAAAAAAAAAAAAAAAGAGAGAAAAAAAAAGGCUAAUUUGCUUAUGCAUAGUAUUUCAUACAGAAUAUAGAGGUAGUUGUAAUGUGGCAGCCUAAUUGCUGAAGUGGAUAUAUAUUUUACAGGCUAUCUUCUACCACUACUUGCAGCAUAAGGACCUUCACAGCUAUAUAUAGUCAUCACUGGAGGAGAUCCCCAGCUGAUGUGCAGAGCUGGGAUAGUUCAUUUUGGUUUGUGUAAAUCUUGAUACUAGGUAGGAAACACUGACAGUUUAAAUAUAGUGGAGUUGCAGGAAGCCUACAUGGAAAACUUUCAGUGUUGCUGGAAGCAUGAAUUCUGAAGCUGCCCUGAAAGGAGUGAAAAUGCAAUGUUCUCCUACCAGAAACCUGRGAGAAGGAGACUCAGAACAAUAAUGUCAGGAGAGAAAAUAGAGAAGUGCUCACAUUUACUAUGGUUUGGGUGAUUGCAAAAAAAAAAAAGAAAAAAAGGAAGAAAAAAAGGAAAACUGGAAUGGAUAUUACAAAAUUAUUUCAGAUAAUGGCUGUCUAUUUGUUCAAGUCUUUGUGUGCAGUUAGAGUUCAUGAAAUUUCCGCAUGUAUCUGUGACCCGUUUUAGAGCUGUUUUGUAUUCGUUAUUGCUCUCACAAUGGCAAUGCCGUGCUCACAGCUGUGUAACAGAAGGCUCAGCACAUUUUGUCUCGUCUUUUUCUGAUGCUGUCACCACGCUUUCCUGCCUGUGUUUCAUGCGUUUGCUUUUCAUUCAGCCUCUUUGUCCUUUACUGUGUUCCUAUUAUAUGUGUUUAUAGCUGUGUAUAACAGUAUCUGGUUAGAGUGUAAGGACUUGACAGAAAACAACAGUAGCACAAACAGUGAGAAAUACAUAUUUAAAAUUACAUCAAUGUUAAUAUUAUGAGAUUACUAUGAAAAAGUACUAAUGCUAAUACUACUGAUUGAUGCUGAUACUAAUGAAGAGAAGCAAGAAAAUUAGUAGUUCCAGUAUGUACUAUUCAUUCCAUGUUCUAAGAUGUUAAGUCCUAGGUACAGGAAUACAUUCAGAACCAAAAUCUUAACCACACACUUGCAACAUCCCUUGCUUUUUUAGUGUGAGCCUCUCUCCUUGUGACCAGAAAUUCUUCUAUGCAUUCUAGAACCUCCAUUCUCCACAGUCCUUGCCAAUUUUAACUGUAGUGCUGCUCACCUCUUAAACAUUUGUUUCUAUGGACGUACACAAUGGAAAAAUUGUAAAUGCGUACCUACAGUGCCCCCUGCUGAAAAGAAUAGCAAAUCUGCAAAAGAAAAUGCAUAAAGCAAAUCCCAAACUCAAAUGAAAUGUCCCUGCUAGGAUUCAACAGGUGUCCUAAAAAACAGAGCUGGCUCCAUGGUAUAAUCUGUCCCAAGGAAGUCACCAAAUCUUUCUUAGCUCUGGUGACAGUGUUGGAAAGGGAAGCAGGGUUAAGAAAAAUAAAAUGUUUCAGUUUUACCCAAGAUGCUCUUUCCCCAAAUGGGACAAGUAAUGUAGGCUGACCUAAAAGAGUGUGAUGUGAUAUUUUGUGAGUGGUGCACCUCUAGGGUGGUGUGUUGUUGUGGUCCCUCUCAUUACGUGGAGAUGCCCAGAUUCACAGCUCUGAUAUUCAGAAACAAGAAACCCAGGAAGGGCAAGAGCCUGACCUUUGCUCCAUGCAUUGUUCUCGUUUUGUUUUGUUUUCAACAUUAAUUUUAUGGCCAUCACGUGCACAGCAUUUGUUAGGCUACUGCAGCUUUGCACCUACAGCAGAUUUACCUAUGGCCAAAAUCGUAAACUUUUUCAGUAGCGCCACUUUGGUGUUACCUCUAGGAAGUCAAUGRCUGUGCUCCUGGUGUUUCUCAUAGCUCCUAAGUGUUUCAAUGUUGGAGCCAUGCGUGUUUCUGAAUACUAUACACCUAGAAAUCAAACCAAAUUUCUGUUUUGCUCCUUCAGGUAAAGUUCUGAAUGACUUCAAUAAGAAUAUGGUCCUGCCAACAAGCUAAAUUCUGCAGUGAGCUAGUUAAUGUGGAGGUUAGUGUGUAAUUCAUAUAGAAAUGGGUGUUGCAAUUAAAAUCUGUCUCUUGUUUAAUGUUUUCAGGAUACACCCAGAUGUGCAACAGAGUAAGUGAGAUAAGAGCACAUGGUAAGAUUAAGUAGCACCACCACACCUGAAUAGAACCAAUACUGGGCAUCAUUUCUGGAAGAGAUUUCCAAUAGUACCUGAGUAGGAUCAUAGGUAAGAUUACAUAACCUGCUGUUGAUGCCCUCUAAUGUCUCCAUGGGAAUUACAGCAGAGAACUGGCCCCACAUUUGUAAAAUACCAUUAAAGUCCAAACAGUAUUUGCUAUUUUAUAAGAAAAAGCAUCUUCUGUGGAAGACGCUAUGAUGGCAUCUUCUAGGUAGAUGGUAUCAAAGUGUUAAAAGGGUGUGAUGCAAGGAAGAUCCCUGAAAAGAUGAGAUGGAAAAAUCUUUUCAACAACAAAGUUCUGGGUAAUUCAAUUGCAGCUUUUUACUGAGAGCUAGUACUUUCCUGUAGUGCAGACAGGCUCUUAGUGCCUCUAUCCCUGUGCUUAUUUAUUCAAUUGAUCUUGCUGUCUACAUAAACCUGAGAAGCAUAAAGCACAGUAGGUGACACAGAAACUUUCUAAAUGUCAUCUGACAUUUAUAAGGGCAAUGAACCCAUCCUGUAAUUUUCCACAUAUCUACUCUCUAGUAUUUUAUGGUCAUUGUCAUUCAUGGUACUGUUGUGUGCGGGUAAGAAAGUCCAUAAAGAAGUAGGUCAAACGUGAUUUAUCCAAGUACUGUAAAAAAGAUACUGAGAAAUAUUGUUAAAGUUUGGGCAUUUUUCAAGGGAUUAUUCCUCCAUCUGUCAUUUAUGCCAAUACAAUAUUUCAAGAAAUAGGGGAUAUACAAUUUCUUUAUGAUUCUCUUUUCAACAGUAAUUCCUUAAAAUAGCAGCCUAUGGUCCAUACUACAUAUGCUCUGAAUCAAACAUGAGCCUGUAUCGAAUUGAUUUAUUUAGUCUAUAACAAYGAAAUAAUCCCUUUUCCAACCAGUGAAGUCUGGAAGAUUUCUGCCUCUGGCUUUGACGA